UUCUUCCAUCAUCAGCUGCAUUUCCAUUUUCCAAUUUCAAAACCCGUUUUGAAGGCAGAUUCGGAAUGGGGAAGAAGAAGAAGAACAAUAGCCCCCGCGAGGAAGAAUCAAGCGGCGAAGAAAAGAAGAAUGGCGUCGGGGUAGACGGCGGCGGAAAAGGCGGAGCUGAUGACCAGAACGGAAACGGAAAAGAUAAGGCUGAGAAGAGGGUGGCGGCGACGACGGUGCUGAAGAUGAACUUACACUGCGACGGUUGCCUCCACAAGAUCUACAAGAUUGUGAGAAGAACCAGAGGGUUUAUGGAGAUGAAGGUGGACAGAGACAAGGAUCAUCUGACGGUGACGGGAGUGAUCGACGAGAAGGCGCUGGCGGAGGCUCUGCGGAGGCAGAUGAAGCGGAGUGUCGAGAUCGUGCCGCCGAAGAAGGAGAAGGGCGGCGGCGAGAAGAAGGAGAACGGCGGCGGCGAGAAAGGCGGAGGAGAGAAGGGGACGGCGGCAGAAGGCGACAAAGCCACGUCGCAUAACUGCUCGUUAAGACAAAUUUACCUUAACCCCCUCCCUCCGCUUCCAUCAGACCCUAUCCUCGCCGGCGGCCGGCGGAUUACUUCAAGCUCGGCUAAAAUGACUUUCAAGCGAAGGAACGGAGGGCGCAAUAAGCACGGCCGCGGCCAUGUCAAGUUCGUUCGCUGCUCGAACUGUGGAAAGUGCUGUCCUAAGGACAAAGCCAUCAAGAGGUUUCUUGUAAGAAACAUUGUGGAGCAAGCUGCUGUCAGGGAUGUCCAGGAAGCUUGUGCCUUUAAUGCGUACACUCUUCCCAAGCUCUAUUUGAAGGUGCAGUAUUGUGUUUCAUGUGCAAUUCACUCCAAGGUUGUCAGGGUCCGCUCUCGUGUUGAUAGGAGGAAGCGCGAGGCUCCUGUGCGUAAUGCCAACAAACGCCCAAUGGACAAUGCUGGUCCUAAGGUUGGUCAAGGUGCACCACGUCCACCCGGAGCUCCUUCAACUGUUGUUCUUGCCUAAGCGAGCUGCUUCCCCAUUGUGUUAUGCUCAUGCUUUGGACAAUGUGUCAUGGUUCAGAAUACUUAACUACACUUUCUAAUAGUGUGUUAUGCCCAUGUUCUGUAAGUGU